CAUAGGAGAAUUCAAAUUCCUUUUCAGUUGAUCAACCACUAGCUUCAUCAACUCAACAACCUAACUCUAAUGUGAAUAGUAAUAGUAUCCUUGGAAGUUUUUAUGAGACAAAAGAAUGGUAUUUAAAAGGUUUUAGUCGUUAUUGUGAAAAACAAAUUCAGCAACAGAAACAACAGGAGAUCAAUCAUGAAAACAUAAAGAUCAAAAUAUUAAUAUAAUAUCCAUUAACCGACAAGAUGUAAUCAUGGAGGAACAACAAUCACAACAAACCAAAUGGGAAACAUGGACAGAUGAACGUGAAAUUAAACUGAUGAUACGUUUAGCUGGUUUUGGACAUUUCUGUAUUCUACGUGGUAAAAUGAUACUUGAAUCAUAUUUUUUAAUUCUGUCAAAAAAAUGGAUGAAAGCUGUUAUUGUUGGUGGAGAUGAAGUUAUGAUCUUACUGAAACAAUCCAGUAUAACAAAACGUUUCAGGUUGACAUUUUUCAAUGAAUCAGAUGCAAAAAACUUUUUUGAAAAUUUGUCAAAAUUUGCUGCUACUAACAGUCAUACUGUAAAUAAUACUGAUGGUAAUAAUAGUGAAGAAUUAAUCAAUAAUAAUGAUACUACAGAAACUAUUCUCAACUCAAUGCUAAGCAAUCAAACAUGCCUACCUGAGAGUUGGUCAACUGAAUGGCCAACUCAAAGUUUAGAAGGUCUUAUCCGUUUAUGUUUGAUUGAUCCAAAUUUUCCAGGAUUUGUUAAUCAUAUUGAUUAUAUUAUGAAAAAGUUUACAACUACUAUCGAUGAUCUAUCAAAUCGUGAUAAAAUGUCAUCACAGUGAAACUUGUUGAGAAAAUUUGUCAUCUAAAGUUUUGUUAUGCGUUUUUAUAAUAAAUAAACAAAAUGUAUUUGA